ACCUCUUUCAGAAAAAAUUGGGAGCGUUCCUGGGGCCAUACUUAUACUUGUUGGCUUGUCAAGUAGUAAAAUAGAAAACCUGUUGACAGUUGAUAGGGCUGAUAAGACACUUGUGAAUUUGGAGAGCUGUGAAAAAAAUGUUAGACAGAUGGCGGAAAACGGUAGACUGCAACCGCUUCUUAGGCUUCUUCUUGAAGGUUCAGCUGAUACACAAUUAUCUAUGGCUGCUUAUGUUGGGGAGCUUGUUUUAACCAACGAGGUGAAGGUCUUUGUGGCACAAACAGCAGGCUCCGCACUAGUCAAUAUCAUGAAAAGUGGGAAUAGGGAGGCUAGAGAAGCAGCUCUGAAGGCACUGAAUCAAAUUUCAUCUUACGACGUCAGUGCGAAGAUACUAAUUGAAGCAGGUGCAAAUUUUCAGUCCAUUCCACUUGACCACAACAGGCAGACACUGGUAUCUGAAGAAAUUGUUCACAAUCUGCUUCAUCUCAUCAGCAAUACAGGACCUGCAACUGAGUGUAAGUUACUCCAGGUGCUUGUUGGUUUAACUAGUUCUUCUACAACUGUCCAAGGCAUAGUUGAUGCCAUCAAAAGCUCAGGGGCUACUGUCAGUUUAAUUCAGUUUAUUGAAGCACCUCAAAGAGAGGUUCGCAUGGCUUCCAUCAAGCUCUUGAAUAACAUAUCACCAUGUAUGGGUCAAGAACUGGCUGAAGCUUUUCGUGGAAAUUUUAGUCAACUCAGCAGCUUGAUUAGAGUCAUUGCCGACAACAAUGGUAUUUCUGAAGAGCAAGCACCAGCUGCUGGUCUUGUAGCUGAUCUUCCUCUGCAGGAUUCGGUGCUAACCAGACGUCUUGUUGAAGAUGGGGCUUUCACCACAAUAAUAUCCAAAGUGAUAAUGAUCAGACAAGGGGAGAGUCGUGGGGGGCGUUUCGUCAACCCUUUUCUUGAAGGUCUAGUUAGGAUAGUCUCCCGGAUCACAUUUAUCUUGGAGGAUGAUCCAGAUAUCAUUGCUGUUGCUCGUGAAUACAAUCUCACUGCACUAUUUAGUGAUCUGCUUCAGAUGAAUGGUCUUGACACUGUCCAGAUUGUCUCUGCCACCGCACUAGGAAAUCUAUCUGGCCAGUCAAAGCAUCUAACGAAGAUUCUGCCACCUCCCAACGGGGGAUUGUGUUUUUCAAUAUUUCCAUGCCUCAGUCAGAAGUCUGUAGAAACUGGUGUCUGUAGAGUUCAUCAUGGAAUAUGUUCGUCAAGGGAAAGCUUCUGUCUCUUGGAAGGGAAGGUGGUGGAGAAGUUGGUUGCUUGCUUGGAUCACAACAAUGAGAAAGUUGUUGAAGCCUCUCUAACAGCACUGUCCACAUUAUUAGACGAUGGAGUGGACAUUGAUCAAGGUGUGAUGGUCCUGUGCGACGCAGAGGGCGUCAAACCAAUUCUUGAUGUAUUGUGUGAGAAUCGGACUGAGGCGCUGAGGCAGAGAGCGGUGUGGGCAGUAGAAAGGAUCCUUAGGACGGAUGAAAUAGCUUAUGAGAUCUCGGGAAACCAAAAUGUCAGUACAGCCUUGGUUGAAGCUUUCAGGCAUGGUGACUUUAGGACAAGGCAAAUUGCAGAGCGAGCACUAAAGCAUGUUGAUAAGCUGCCCAAUUUCUCUGGGAUAUUUUCGAAGAUCGGAGCACAGUGACCAUGUUAUGCAGAAGUAGGCUAGUUCUCUUAUACCGGUCGCCUGCAGAUCCUUUGGGUUGCAUAAAGAUACGUAACUCAAAUAUUGGCGCAUGCCUAAUCUCACACCAAUCAGUUGCUUUCCCAGCUUAAUCGUGUUAGUACUGCCGCUCUCCAAGUAGUUCCCAAACUAAUCGAAUUGAUAGAAUGGGAACUGAAGGUAUUGUUGGUGUGUAUCGUAUAGUGUAUAUUUCCACCCUGUAUGCUUGUUGUAUCUGUAUUAUUCAGAUGCUCAGAUGCAUAGCAUGAUAUUUUUGUGUGAAUAUCCA